GCCAUCUCCUGCUGGCAUUUCUACUCUUUGGACACACUGUAGCGGAGAUGGAGCUGCGUGGAUUGUUACCCGAGUUCUGUGUAUUUGCGGAGAACAAGUGCCCAAAUCCUCGCAUUACCUUUUGGCUCUACACAAACAACACACGUGAUCAACCCGUGGAAGUAGAUCCUCUCGAUCCCCAGGUGGAGCUCUUUAGGCCCAGUCUACCUCUUAAAAUACUCAUACACGGCUUCAUCGGCAAUCGAGAUCUGACGCCCAAUCUGGAGGUGCGAGAUGUCCUGCUGCAAACCCAGCCCGUUCAUGUGAUUUCCGUGGAGUAUGGGAGUUUGGUUCGUUUUCCCUGCUACUUUCCCUGGGCUGUUACCAAUGCUCCCAUUGUGUCCGAGUGCAUCGCUCAGUUGAUAAACAAUCUUUUGUCAGCUGGCAUAUACAAGCGAGAGGACAUCCACUUGAUUGGUUUCAGUCUGGGGGCUCAGGUGGCCGGAAUGGCUGCCAAUUAUGUGACUGAGCCCCUGGCACGGAUCACUGGCCUGGACCCAGCUGGACCUGGCUUCAUGAUGCAGGCCUCGCUGGAGCACAAGCUCGACAGCAGUGACGCUGACUUUGUGGACAUCAUUCACACCGAUCCCUUCUUCUUCUCCAUGCUGCCUGCCAUGGGGCAUGCGGACUUCUAUCCCAACCUCGAUCAGCUGAACCAGCGCGGCUGCAGCUACGUGAGCUCCUGGCGCUUCUACAACUGCAAUCACUAUCGUUCGGCCGUCUACUACGCGGAGUCCAUCACCACCAGCACUGGAUUUUGGGCACAGCAGUGCGGCGGUUGGUUCGACUUCUUCUCCCAGCGCUGCAGCCAGUACUCGAACAUGCCCAACAUCCAGAUGGGAUACUUUGUAUCGCAGAGCGCCAUUGGGUCGUACUUCCUCACAACACACGAGUUUUCCCCCUUUGCUAAGGGUCCGCUGGUGGAUGUUGAAAUGGAUGUGGCAGAGCUUCACAGUUCACAGCAUGAAAUAAAUAAGCUUUAA